AUGCAUCACCACUACUUCAAGCACCACACCGACCUCCAACACCAACACCAACACCGCCACCAACACCGCCACCAUGCAUCACCACUACUUCAAGCACCACAACGACCUCCAACACCAACACCGCCACCAACACCGCCACCAUGCAUCACCACUACUUCAAGCACCACAACGACCUCCAACACCAACACCAACACCACCACCACCGCCACCAUGCAUCACCACUACUUCAAGCACCACACCGACCUCCAACACCAACACCGCCACCAACACCGCCACCAUGCAUCACCACUACUUCAAGCACCACACCGACCUCCAACACCAACAUCACCACCAACACCGCCACCAUGCAUCACCAAUACUUCAAGCACCACACCGACCUCCAACACCAACACCGCCACCAACACCGCCACCAUGCAUCACCACUACUUCAAGCACCACACCGACCUCCAAAACCAACACCGCCACCACCACCGCCACCAUGCAUCACCACUACUUCAAGCACCACACCGACCUCCAACACCAACACAAACACCACCACCACCGCCACCAUGCAUCACCACUACUUCAAGCACCACACCGACCUCCGACACCAACACCGCCGUCACCACCGCCACCAUGCAUCACCACUACUUCAAGCACCACAACGACCUCCAACACCACCCCCAUCAUUGCUAUCGUCAUCCCCAUCAUCACAAUUCACAUCUACAACCGAUUCGAUGUAUCAUUUUCGACGUGUCACGAGUCAACAAGAGUUACGGAUUUCAGUUUACUAUGUUAUUACGCAUUAUAGUAACUAUACGAGUGUACACAAAGUUUGGGGAGAAGGAGAAGGAGGCAAGAGGAAUGGACAAUUUUUAG